AUGGUUUACAGCAAACCAAACCCCACAACUGGCGCCAUGAAGCGGUCCGCUUCAGCCCUCGAAGGACCUCCGGGAUGGGACGUUGCUCCUCCUAUGAUGGCCCAUUCUCGCUCAUCAUUCCGUCCUCCUUAUACUCACUACGCUAUGAUCUACCUCGACCAUGAUGGCAAGCUCAAGGUUGACGAGUCUUCAUCUGUUCAAGAGCACAACGCAACUGUGUUCAGCCCAGAAGUCCGCCAGAACUUCCUCGAGAUCCUCGGUGAACGCAUUGGCUACCACGCACCCAUUCGUCAGGCAGUAGACGCAUCUCCUCGCCGGGUCAGGCGCCGCAAGGGCAAUGCUCCCUCUAUCUCCGAGGACCGUCUGACUGAGCAGACUUCAGACAAUGAAGACUUCUCCAAUGGGUCUACCGAAAUGGUUCCUCUCCGCAUUGGAGAUACCCAGAAGGUUAUGUCUUACUAUGAGGGUGCUCUUAAGCAUUUCCAACAACUUAACUGCCGCAUGGUUGCCAAGGCAUUUAUCAAAUUCAUCGAGCCUCGCAAGCAGGUUCGGCACCCUUACAACGGUGGCAAGCCUCCACCGGGAUCUGCCCCUGGUACCACCGGUGACCCAGAGAAGACCAAGCCCGAGUGGUGGCCCCCAGGUGUCAUGCACAAGGAACCCGACCACCUGCGCAAAGAGUACCGCAUUGAGCUUCUUCUUCAUAUCAUUCGUCACCUCGGUGGCUACGGUAUCACUGCCGACAAGCUCAAGGAAGUCGCUGGCGACACCAAGCGGAGCUUGAAGCACCCAUCCCACGUCGAGAUCAUCUACGAGAUCCUCCGCGUGCGCAAGAUGGAAGAGCGCCUCGAGCGCGGCGAAGUUGACUCCAACAUGAUCGUCUACACCAUGAACCGCGGCCCCAGCCCCAAGGGCGAUGAAGAAGAAGAAUCCAAUGACGCCCCUUCAGUAACAAUCGAAGAGCCUGAGCACAGCGUGCAAGGCAUCAUGACCCCCAUCUCCUCAGUCGGGCAAGUAAGCGCUGCCCUCACAACGCCAAUUGAUACCCUACCCCCCGCCCGCUCCCUCCCAGGCAGCUUCUCCAUGCCAGAGCCCCUCAGCUUCGAAGGACCACGCCAGGACCGCCCCUACUAUGCCACGCCACCCCAAUACACAGAUUCCUUCACCUCACAGCCAAUGCUCAGCACAGCCGUAACAGCCGAGAUGAUCAGCCCCCACGACGUCUCCGUCUUCGACUACUCAACCCACAACGCCUUGGACCAGUCACGCGCCGGCCACUACGACCCCUGGGCUCCUGCCCCAACCUUUCGCCAGAACAUCUUCGGCACAGUCGACUACAGCGCCGCACCAACCAGUCAGCCCAUGUCCCAGCCUUCAAUGAGCUACCACAUGCCCAUGGCCCCUCACAUACACGACAUGUCGCAGUCUCACAUUGAUCAGCGGUCCCUGCCUUUCCGCACGGGCUCGCUGGGCCACCCUCAUCCUAAUGGCUUGCCUCUUUCCCACCCUGUCUAA